UUAUGGAAACAACACACAGGGGAAGGAGAAGGGUGGCUCGGCUAUAUGGCCUGUUUGUUUCUUUCAUUAAUUGAAACACUAUAGUCUUUACCAUGCCUUCAAUUCAGAGCUUGACGAUGACUUACGACGCGCUGAACGACGACGAUACGUUUUCGGAAGGGGACACUCUCACUGGGAAAGUCACACUGGCCUUAUUGAAGGAGACCACCGUGGAGAGCCUGGUGGUCAAAGCGAAAGGGGACGCUGAUGUACAUUGGACGAAGAAGAGCGGUGACAACACCCACACAUACCAUGCACACAAGAGAUACUUCAAACUGAAGCAGUGUCUGAUCAAGGCGGACACUCAGGAUACUGUAGUUCCCAAAGGAAUCCAUAUCUACAAAUUCAGCAUUAACAUACCACCAGGAAGCCUGCCUUCAUCCUUCAAAGGAACUCAUGGAAAGAUUGUCUACAAGUUGGAAGCCAAGUUGUCCCGGAGUUGGAGGAUGGACCGUACAGUAGAAAAGGACAUCCGUUUUGUCUCCAAGUCCUAUCCAAACCUUCACGCUCUGAUGUUACCUCAAGGUGCUUCAACAAAGAAAGAGAUGGGGUUCUUCUCAAAAGGACAUGUAGAUAUGGAUGUCACUGUCGACAAGAGUGCCUAUGCCCAAGGUGAAACUAUGGCGAUUCUUGCAAAAAUCAAAAAUUCCUCUUCCAGUGAGAUGACACCCAAAUUCAGUUUAAUCCAGGAAGUGGUGUACCGUGCCAACAGUAACACCAAGCGUGAGACCAGCUUCAUCCACAAAGUGGUUGACCACUGUAUUAAAUCCCGAACUCAGAAGGAUGUCAGGUUUGCGAUACAGAUUCCUCGUGUCCAGAUGCCAUCAAUCCAGAAUUGUGAUAUUAUCUCAGUCGAAUACCAUUUUAAGGCGUAUCUGGACAUCAGCUUCGCUUUUGAUCCAGAGAUAAUAUUUCCAGUUGUCAUUAUUCCCGCAGACCUGGACUCUGGCCGUCAGCCUGCUGUUUCUGGGGGCCCCUAUCCAGCUGGGGCUGCUGGGGGCCAAAGCAACAGUGACUUCCCUGCCUCUGUGGCGUUUAUGGGUUCUUAUCCUGUAUCUCCACGCUCAGGGAGUUAUAGAUACCCAGGAGCCCAAAGGUAUUCAGCACCACCACCUGCGUACCCAGAUAACCCACUGGUGUAUGCUGCUCCACCAGCUGUGUCCCCUGCUCAGCCGGCAAACAUGAGUAGGGGCUUCAAUAACCCAGUGCCACAAUUGGAUUCUCCCUACGGAUCACCAUAUUUAUCUUCAUUCUCUGUGAUUCACCCUCCGCCUACUGCCCCAACGUUUCAACCACCCCCAUCUGCCCCAUCCCCUUUUCCUCCACCCUUUAGCGUAUCCCAAAGAGCCCCUGCGUACAACCUGCUGCCUUCUGCACCAAUGAUGAACACAGACUUUCUGUCUCAAUCGGAUGAAGCUCCUCCAGCAUACUCACUCCUUUUCCCGUCUUCUGCUACUGACACAUCUAAUGCAAAAUAAUAGAAAGUGUGCUUAAUGACUGAAUCAGUUUGUUCAUUAUGACGUAAAAUACUCAUACUUGAAAUCUGAUCACCUAGAUCGUGUCUUUAACACUAAGGGUUUUUCAUUUUUAAGUGUGAAUCUGAAACAAAAAAGGCACUUUGUGCAAUAUUUACUGCUUGCAUGUAAACAAUUAUAUGCCAAAAUCUGAGUUUUACACUGUUUUCCUGUCAGUUCAUGUGGCUAAUUAGCUUUGUCCAGGUGCUGGAACCUCAGCCAUCCGGAUACACUGUGUAUGUACACGUGCCUUGCUCAACUCAAGAGUCCUCGACUGAUCAUUUUUUCAGUGUUUUAUAGUUUAUACCUAUUCUCUCUACCUCACUCUUCUUUGUGGAGACUAGUUGAAAGAAACUGGACAACAGGUAUUACAUCAUCAAGAAUCUUUUUAUAUCUUUAUUUUGUGAAGCGAUCAACUAAGAGGCAAUAUAUGCAUUUUCUCUAUAUUUCCCAGUCUGCUGAAUUUAACACCAGACAACUACUUCUGUCUAUUUAAUUUACACAAUACUUAGUGAACCUGCUUUUUAAGACUCACCAACUGCCAGUGUUUUCUUUGCCUUCAAGAUGCUAAUAAAGA